GGAUUAGAUCGUGGCUAGUAAUUGACGCGAGUGGUUGCAACUGACCGGCGUAUGGGGUGUACUAUGAAAAUCGUUAUCCCAUUGGACUGAAAUUGUUCUUUUUCUUUUCUUAUUUUACCUUAUUCCCACUUCUUCUUAUUUUAUCACCUCCAAAAUGAUCAACCACAAAUUUUUCAUCCUUUUUACAAUUAUUGCAACUAAUUGCUUCGUCGAAAUAGUUAAAUGUGAACCAGAAUUGAAACUUCUGCACGUGCUAUUUCGUCACGGUGAUAAAGUUCCGCAUACUCCUUGGCAAUCGUAUCCAACUGACCCUCACAAGAAUCAUUCAUAUUUUCCAACAUCGAACGGGGGACUGACAAAUGUGGGAAAAUUAAGGGAGUAUAAAAUUGGGACGAUGCUCCGUAAUCGUUACGAUGAAUUUCUCGGUCCAUAUUAUUCUACGGAUCUCAUAGACGCUAGAACAACUUACGUAGGAAGGACACAUAUGUCGGUCCAGCUAGUUUUGGCGGCGAUGUUCCCACCGGUUGGAGAACAAAUUUGGAAUCCUCGUUUAUCGUGGCAGCCGAUUUUCUCGACAUACGUUAAUGAUGUCGAUCAGGAUUAUCUCUUCUUUCCUGAUCACUGUCAUCUAUACAGAGAAGAGUAUGCCAAAUUUCUGGCCGAAGACUCGACGAAAAAAAUGAUCGCAAAGUACCAGGCGACACUCGAUUACCUCACAAAACACACGGGCAAAGUAGUCGACAAUACGGAAGCAGUUUACUACCUGUUUAAUACCCUCAAAGAAGAGGCGGCCCAAAAUCUAACGCUACCAGAAUGGACGUCGUCGGUCUAUCCCCAUCCGAUGGAGGAAAUAUUAGCCCUAGAUUUUGAUCUGAGGUCCUGGACGACGAAUUUGAAACGGCUGAACGGGGGUAAUAUGCUGCGUAAAAUUACCGAGGAUAUAAAGGCGGUUCUUACCGGAAAUCCUGCUCUGGGGAAGAAGAAAGCGUUCCUUUUUAGCGGGCACGAACAAAAUGUCGCCCGAUUGUCACGUGUUCUCGGUACCGGUGAGCCAAUGAUACCGGCUUACGGGUCAACGAUCAUAAUCGAAACUAUUCAAGAUCGAGAAAAGGGCGGGAAUUAUUUCGUCAGGAUUUUACUGUGGACCGGAGUAACGGAAAGAUUAAUUACUCAAAGUAUUCCUGGUUGCAACGAGUUAUGCCCCCUAGAUGAAUUCUUGAAUCUACUCAAAGACGUGAUCCCUAGCGACGAAGAAUAUCUUUGCGGUUCAGAAAAGAAGAAUUCCGGCUCGAAAUUAUUUGGGAUAAAAAAUACCUGGGUAACGGUUUUCGUGGCCUCGAUUAUUGUCAGCUUCUCUUCUACGUGGUGAUCUAGCGAUGAUCCUAUUCUAAAAAUAUAGUCAAACUAUUUUGGUGUGAUAAUAAUAGCGUAGAUCUAACUGAGAGUAGAAUUUCUUGUUGAAAAAUUUUACGGUUUAAGUUAAGAAAGAAAAUUUUAUACAAUUCUACCGUCCUCCCACUGUUUUAUUUCUAAGUAUUCAUCUGUAGUCAAAGUCUGGAAUUAAAGAAAAAAACAGAAAAUAAAUUAAUUUCAAACUGAA